AUGACUCCGGGACGCCGAGGCGCCAGUCGCCUCCGCGCCGUCUCAGCAACGCGGUCCAGCACGCCUCAGGCCCCAGUUCGCGAUCGCAGGUGCGUCUACCAACUGGUCGGCAGCGACAUGAGGUUUUCGCCGGUGGCGAGUGCGCUAGUGGUGCUGAUGGUCAGUGGCUGGGUGGAGCCGCACCGCUCCAAGCGGGUCGUCUACCUGGAUACGGCCAGCCCCAUAGACGUAGCGCUGCAGAUCACGGUGCCCUUCGGCGUGGCGCUCCCCUCUGUGCGGAAGAAGCACGGCUCGGAGGAGGCGGACAAGGCAGGCAGCGGGCGUCGCUCGGACAGCGCCUCGCCGCUGCACCAGCUGUUCGCCCUGCUGCAGGUGGAGCCCGACGCGUGCCGCCUGCGCCUGCUGUGCCAUCUGGCGGCUGACCCGCAAUACUACUUCCCCGUCGCUGAUAUAUUCAGCGAACAGAUGAGGAAGGAGACGGAGGCGCAGUACGUGUCUGCGUGGCUGCAGGGCGCGGCGACCGCCUCCGAGCCCUGGUGCGCCUCUUCGCACCCCGGCUGCGCCACUCCGCCCGACGGCUUCCUGGACGCCCGCGUCAUGGCGCUCUGGAGGGCGGCCUCACGCUUCGUCAGGAUCCGCUUCCGCAGCGCAGACUAGGGCGCCAGCCGCGCACUAAAGCCAGCUUUGUACGCAGUGCACGACUCUCACUGCACGGAUGUAAUAUUUGCUGUAAUGAACAGGAGCAUUGGAGCUUAAGGCCAGGUUCUCAUUCAUUUGAGCAAAAAAUAGGCAAUAUUUGGAAUGUUUUUUGAGACCGUGAAAAGACAUCAGAAGAUCUGUUUGGGAAUUGUGACUCAUCACACCGGUACUUUCAACUUUGUUUUACGUUUUCAAUACAAAAAAAUGGCUCCCGUAAUUAUGGUUUGAUCAAGGGCCUGCGAGUCUGAAGUACGCAGACGACGUGCAGUGUAACCCCUCAGGAGUUAUCUGAAACCAAAAAUGAAUAACAUCAGUCGGUACUACAUUAAACUUGCGGGAACGUACACCUAACCACAAUAAAAUAACCUUAAAUUUAAUAAUAUGGUGCUAACUCGAAAUGUUUGUUAGAUUUUUCGGUGUUUGCUUCGUUCUUUAUGGCUUUACAAAAAAAUAUAAAUACAAAAGAUAGAAAUUAACAGACUGAAUCGUUUUUAUUUUGUGCUGCACGCAGUUACGAAAACUCGUUUCUCUAGAAAAGCCAGUUUAAAAAAAAAUGUUCAAAUGUGUGUUAAAUCUAUUGGGACUUAACUGCUAAGGUCAUCACUCCCUAAGUUUACACACUACUUAACCUAAAUUAUCCUAAGGACAAACACACACACCCAUGCCCGAGGGAGGACUCGAACCUCCGCACAUAUAAAGUUUAGGGAAAAAUUUUAUUUGUAUUAUUAAUUCAAUUUGCAUAAACACUACAUCUUAUUACAUAUUUUUUGAUAUCGUUGAACACUACGUGAAGUUAGAUUUCCAAAGUUCAAUAUGGCUAAUCCAAUGGGGCGCACGUAAAAUUACGUUUUCACCACUUGUGACCAAAAUUUGACAAAAAAAAGUUGAUAGCGUUACUUACGUUUAGUCUGCAAUUCCAGGACCGUAUAUUAAACCUUCCUCUAACUCUAGUUUUUCCUGGAGAACAAUUUUCUCGUUAUUCCUGGCCAGAAAAGCCAAUGUGGCUGAGGUGGGUAUGCUGCGUUCGACAGCCGGCACAUAUGUUUUCGUGUCUACUGCAAUAUAAAUCAUUUUGUGAGCGUGCUUCAUAGCACUAUAAGUUUUCUACCUGAACCGGGCGUUUAUGGCUGAGAGCGUCCCACGGCGACCGUGACGCUACUUCGAACAAUGGGCUGCAGGAGCUUUUGUAACGCAUGGAUUAAAAAAACCUUUUCGUCCCUCAUAAAAGACACAUGUACCUUUCAAAAAAAUGCAAUAAAAUUCUAAUUUUCGACAAUUUGAACUAGAAUCUUCCCUUAAGCCGUCAGUUUGUUUUAAUGUAACGAGAGUUGACAUUUCGAUACUGUUUCAUGGAUCAGAUCAUAUUUUACCUGCUGUGGUAAACAUAUGCUCAGCUUCAUUUUUCAGUAGCAAUACCAUUUCGACGAUGUGUCAUAUGAUUUCCAAUCAGGACGAUCUUUGUGUCUACGUACGACUGAAAUGUGAAUUUGUAUUCCAGAUUUGACAACAUAAAUCGAUGAUAAA